GCCCUUGUGCGACCGCCUCUAGGGCCCGGGAUAUUUCCUGUUCCGGGGCGUGUGGGACCCGGAUGCAAGCGGGCUAUAUAAGCGUUGCUCAGGUCCCACCCCUUUCUUUUUUGAGGAAGACGCGGUCGUAGGGGUUGAGGAUUUUUGGUCCGCACGCUCCUGCUCCUGACUCACCGCUGUUCGCUCUCGCCGAGGAACAAGUCGGUCAGGAAGCCCGCGCGCAGCAGCCAUGGCUUUUAAGGAUACCGGAAAAACACCCGUGGAGCCGGAGGUGGCAAUUCACCGAAUUCGAAUCACCCUAACAAGCCGCAACGUAAAAUCCUUGGAAAAGGUGUGUGCUGACUUGAUAAGAGGCGCAAAAGAAAAGAAUCUCAAAGUGAAAGGACCAGUUCGAAUGCCUACCAAGACUUUGAGAAUCACUACAAGAAAAACUCCUUGUGGUGAAGGUUCUAAGACGUGGGAUCGUUUCCAGAUGAGAAUUCACAAGCGACUCAUUGACUUGCACAGUCCUUCUGAGAUUGUUAAGCAGAUUACUUCCAUCAGUAUUGAGCCAGGAGUUGAGGUGGAAGUCACCAUUGCAGAUGCUUAAGUCAACUAUUUUAAUAAAUUGAUGACCAGUUGUUAA